UUGUGCACGGCGCUUGACACUUGUUGAGAGAACCGGAGAAAAGGAGAACACCUCUACCUCUGGCCGGCCGGCUCCGCUGCACACCCCUCUCCGGGAGUGAUGAUCGAUCCCGAGUCCCACCGCCAAAACCACCUGAGCCAGCAUCAGUCCUCCGCAGGCAAAGGCGCUCAGGAGGGCCCGGACAUGGCCGUGUACUGCGACUCCCUUAGCGGCAUGUACCACCACCACUACCACCAUCAUCAUCAUCAUCCCUCUCAACAGCAACAGCACACGCAGCCGCAGCACACGCAGCAGCCGCCUCAGAACCUUCAGCCCUCCGCUCACCGAGCCGCUGGCUUCGGCCUGGGCGAGUACGGCUCCCCACCCAGCCCGUACCUGUGGGGCGUCAACCCGGCCCCGGCUGCGGCGCCGUACCUGCACGCCGGCAGCCCCUCCGCCCCCUUCGGCCCGCCGGGGUACGGCUCCCCGAGGCCGUUCCUGGGCGCCGGCUCGUCCGCCUUCGGCGGCCCGGAGCUGGGCUGGCUGUCAGUGGCCAGCCAGGAGGAGUUGCUGAAACUGGUGCGGCCGCCCUACUCGUACUCGGCGCUGAUCGCCAUGGCCAUCCAGAACGCGCACGGCAAGAAGCUGACGCUGAGUCAGAUCUACGCCUACGUGGCUGAUAACUUCCCCUUCUACAAGAAAAGCAAGGCCGGAUGGCAGAACUCCAUCCGCCACAACCUGUCUCUCAACGACUGCUUCAAGAAGGUGCCGCGCGACGAGGACGACCCCGGCAAAGGAAACUAUUGGACGUUGGACCCCAACUGCGAGAAAAUGUUUGACAACGGAAACUUCAGACGGAAAAGGAAGCGAAGGUCCGACCCGGCAUCUACACCAGCGACCGCCAAGAUGGAGGACGGCGCGCAGGUCCCUGCUCCCAAAGCCGCCAACAGCCCUCAGCUCCCGGGCCCGCCCUCGCCCUCCGACAUGGACGCCCUGAGCGAGAGCCUCAAGACGCCGUCGACGUCGUGCUAUAGCAACUUUUACAGCAGCAUGUCCUCCUUGGGGGGAGCGGCGGCCCCCGGGAGCAGACAGGCGGGUCCGCUGGGCCUGCUCAGUGAGCUCUCCAGCAGGAACAUUAGCGCCCUGCAGGCCCCAUACCAGGCAGGCGCCCAGCAGGACCUGGCGGCGGCGUCCGAGCACGGCUGCGAGGCUGUGCAUGUCAACCGCGGCGUGUACUACAACGCCUUGGGAGGGGGGCAGGGUGGACAGUUCAACAGCCACUUGUACAACGGCUUCAGCGUCAACAGCCUCAUCUACCCCCGAGAUGGGGCCGAACUAUAGGAGGACGCCGCCGUCCUGGGCGACACUUCUCACACACGUGAUCGGCGACAGCCAAAAUCAGAAAGUCAACAUUUCUGGUGUGUACCUAAGAGGUGUCUGGCGAAUCAACAAGCACUUAUCUCCCUUUGUUGAUAAAUGACAUUAAAGACACUCGCUUGUAAAUUGAGACGUGCGAUGAUGGUAUGUUUCUUGCUCCCUUUGAAGCCUCUUUUGUUUCUUUAACAUGGACAGCCCAGCGGGUCUUCUUUCAAAGUUCUGCCUUGGUAUGACUAGCUUUGGCUGAUAAAGUUUGAUGAUGUCAAACGUUGGCUUGAUGUUGAAUAGGUCGAGCGUUGGCCAGAUAAACCUCACAUAGUCAAGUUUUGGCUGGAUAAAAUUGGUUUGGAUUUAGCUUUUGGCUAAAUCGAGAUUUGGCUGAAUGAAUAUGGAUAUGUCGAGCUUUGCCUAGCGAGAGAUCAGUUACUGUAUGCCAACCUUUGGCAAGUUCGGAUAUGUCCAGUCAGACUUCCGUUUCAAGGCCACGACGAGGGCCGUGUCAUUUCGUUGUCAUUAUUACCUGGUGUGAAGACGCAAUGACCAAAAAACUUCAAUGGCUGCCGCUUAUUGAACUCGGGGAGGGUUAAAGAAAUGCUCUGUGGUGGCCCAACAUGUUCCAGCCUGCCAAAGUUGCCGUUUAUUUUUUAUUUUUUUGAGCAGGGAGCAUGGUUGUGAGGGGGGGGGGGGGGGCGCCUCACGUUACCUCACAUAGACGAGACGUCUCCGGUUCGCAUGCAGUAACCUUGUGUUUUUUUUCUGUCUUUCUCUUAUUGAGGCAACUUGAUGACUGAAACGGGAGCACUGUGCCUCAUAUGAACAAACAAAUAAAAAUCUAUUUUUUUAAAUUAUAGUUUGGAAAUAUUUAUGCUAUUUAUACGGAUAGGUGUUUUUUCUAUUCUAGUUUGGCUUAUGAAAAUAUAUAUAUAAAUAUAUGUAUAGAAAUUGUCUAUGUAUCGUUUGGUCUUUUUCUCAGGAGACAAUCCUUCAACUUUUCAACUUUUUCAAAAUGUACACGCACGGACAGGCAGUUCUAACUGUGAUGAUUUAA